AUUGGUUCUUGAAAAGGAACAGUAUAAAGCUAUCAUCUCAUGCAUCCUAAGAUCAUAUUAUUCACCAGGAACAUUUACUGUACUUGUAAUAAUGUAGGAUUUUGUAUUCACUGGUACUGUGGUUGCAUUUCAGAUUCAGAUAUCUUUAACCUUACUGUAAAGGAGGUGUCAACCAAAACUGCAUAUCUACAAUGGAGUCACCAAGUCAGUGGAGCCAUCAAUUACACAGUGUCUGUAGUGGGAGAACCUUCCUUAUUGCUGUAUGUAACAUCAAGAGAAGUUUAUCUGGAGAAUCUGACACCUGGAAACUACUACACGGUUUUCAUAACAGCAAAUAAUAGUCAAUCACAGAGUAUAUUGUUUAAUACAAAACCUGCAGAAGUCAAGAACCUGACAUUUAGCACCAACACCCGAUCUGUGUCUCUGAAUUGGAAACCACCAGAGGGAAACACAAGUUUUUAUCUGGUUCAGGUCCAGGAAAAUUCGACCUUCAGUAAAAAUGUAACGUCAACUUCCAUUACAAUUGAAGAUUUAAUUCCUGGGAAUUAUUACACAUUCCUGGUAUCUGCUUUUGUUAAUGCAACUACCCAGGGAAACAGCACAUCCAUUACAAUAAUAUUAAUGCCUAGCAUAGUCAAUAACCUGAAAAUAUUGAAAGUCACCACCAGAUCUGUGUCUCUAAGCUGGGAACCACCUGAGGGAAACACAAGUUCUUAUCUGAUACAAAUCCAGGGAAAUUCAACUUUUAGUAAAAUUGUAAAUUCAACUUCUGUUACAAUUGAAGAUCUGAUACCCGGGAAUUAUUACACAUUCCUGGUCUCUGCUCUUGCUGGCAAAACUGAUCUACAGGGGGAGAGCAGUAAUAUAUCUACAUAUACAGAACCUUCCUAUGUAACUAUCCUUGAGGUCUUUAAAGUAAACAGCACCUCACUGUACGUGAGUUGGCUCCUUUCAGAAGGCAACAGAAGUUCUUAUCUGGUAGAAGUUUCAGGAGAUCUACCUCAGAGUUUCAAUGUGGGCUCAGAAUCAGUGACUAUCACAAACCUGACCAGUGGGAGCCAGUACACAGUGAGGAUUUCUGCAGUUGGAGAGAACAACUUAAGAGGGAGUAGCAGUGAGAUUUCAGUACUAUUGUCAGAAAUCCUCAGCUCUACAGACAUUUCCACUACAUCUGUGCUCCUAGUUUGGGAAGCUUUACCAUAUAAGGGCAUUUCCUACACAAUCAAUUUGUAUGAAAUUGAAACAAACAUGACAAUUGUGAACUAUACAGCUGUAUUUAUUGAGGAUCUGACACCGGGGAAUCUCUAUAGAAUUCAGAUUUCAGCAUAUCAAGGAAAUAACUUAUUGUAUGGUUACGGAAGUGAGAUCUUCUUGUACACAAGACCGGAAGUGGUCAGGGAUGUUCAGGCUGGGAAUGUGUCAACUAGUUCUGUUGAUUUAAGAUGGAUCCCUCCUCUUGGUAACUUCAGCUUCUAUAACAUUGAGGUCACUGGAGAUUUUACUCAGGUCCUGCAGGCAAACUCAGAGUCGUUGUCUAUUCAAAACCUAACACCUGGAAACAAAUACACAAUCAAAAUCUUUGCUGUUGCUGGGAAAGAUGUACUUGGAACUUCUUAUGAAAUCGUCAUCUUUACAAAACCUGAUGAAGUUACAAACCUUGCCGUAUUCACCAUCCCAACCAGAUCGGUAUCUCUGACCUGGGAACUGCUUAAGGGAAAUGCAAGUUCUUAUCUCAUCCAAAUCCAGGAAAACUCAACAUUUAGUAAAACUGUGACUUCAACUUCUGUUACAAUUGAAGAUCUGACACCUGGGAAUUAUUACACAUUCAUAGUCUCUGCUAUUGUUGGUGACAAUAAUUUACAAGGGAACAGCAAUGUCAUAUCCACUUAUACAAAGCCCGCAGAAGUCAAUAAUCUGAACACAUUCAAUGUCACCAUACAUUCUGUGUCUCUGAGCUGGGAACCACCUGAAGGAAAAGCAAAUUCUUAUCUGAUCCAAAUCCAGGGAAAUUCAACUUUCAACAAAACAGUGACUUCAACUUCAGUUACAAUUGUAGAUCUUAAUCCUGGGAAUUAUUACACAUUCCUGGUCUCUGCUCUGGCUGGUGAUAUUAAUAUACAGGGAAACAGCAGAGAUAUAUCAGCAUACACAAAACCUGGAGAAGUUGCAAACCUUACUGUAUUCAACAUCACCACCAGAUCUGUGUCUCUAAGCUGGGAACCCCCUGAGGGAAAUGUAAGUUCUUAUCUGAUCCAAAUCCAGGGAAAUUCAACAUUUAAUAAAACAGUGACAUCUGCUUCUGGUACAAUUGAAGAUCUGACCCCUGGAAAUUAUUACACGUUCUUGGUCUCUGCUGUUGUUGGUGUUACUAAUGUACAAGGGGAAAGUAUCAUCAUAUCCACCUACACAGAACCUGGUGAAGUCAAGAACCUAACCACAUUCAACAUCGCUACCAGAUCUGUGUCUCUGAUCUGGGAACCACCUGAAGGAAAUGUAAGCUCUUAUCUAAUCCAAAUCCAGGGAAAUGUAACAUUCAGCAAGACUGUGGCUUCAGCUUUAUUUACAAUUGGAGAUCUAACGCCUGGGAGUUAUUACACAUUCUUAGUCUCUGCUCUUGUUGGUGAAGAUAAUAUACAGGGGAAGAACAAAUACAUAUCUACAUAUACAGAACCUGAAAAAGUCAGGAACCUGAACACAUUCAAUAUCACUACCAGAUCUGUAUCUCUAAGCUGGGGAGCACCUGAGGGAAAUGCAAGUUCUUAUCUAAUCCAAAUCCAGGGAAAUUCAACAUUCAGUAAAUAUGUGACUUCACUCUCUGCUUCAGUUGAUGAUCUGACACCUGGGAAUUAUUACACAUUCCUGGUCUCAGUCCUUGUUGGCGAAAAGAAUAUACAGGGGGGAAGCAGUGAUAUUUCUAGCUACACAAAUCCAGGUGUAAUCAAGAACCUGAUCAAAUUCAACAUUACCACCAGAUCUGUAUCUCUGAGCUGGGAGCCACCUACAGGAAACGCACGUUCUUAUCUGAUCCAAAUCCAGGAAAAUUCAACAUUUAGUAAAAUUGUCACUUCACCUUCUGUUACCAUUGAAGAUCUGACACCUGGGAAUUAUUAUACAUUCCUGGUCUCUGCUCUUGUUGGUGACAGUAACAUACAAGGAGAGAGCAGUGCUAUAUCAACAUACACAAAACCUGGAGUGGUCAAGAACCUUGUUGUAUUUAACAUCACCACCAAAUCUGUGUCUCUGAGCUGGGAACCACCUGAAGGAAACUCAAGUUCUUUUCUGUCCCAAAUCCAAGGAAAUGCAACUUAUAAUAAAACUGUGAUUUUUUCUUCUGUUACAAUUGAAGACUUGACUCCAGGGAAUUAUUACACAUUUCUCAUCUCUGCUCUUGUUGGUGAAGAUAAAAUACAAGGGGGGAGCAGUUAUAUAUCUACCUACACAAAACCUGCAGAAGUCAAGAACCUGAUCACAUUAAACAUCACCACCAGAUCUGUGUCUUUGAGUUGGGAACCACCUGAGGGAAACACAAGUUCUUAUGUGAUUCAAAUCCAAGGAAACUCAACAUUUAAUAAAACUGUGACUUCAACUUAUGUAACAGUUACAGAUCUGACACCUGGGAAUUAUUACAUAUUCCUGGUCUCUACCCUUGUUGGGGAAGAGCAAGGGAAGUUUAGUGAUGUAUCUGCUUAUACAAAGCCUGGAGUAGUCACGGACCUGUCUGUGCUCAGCAUCACCAACAAAUCUGUGUCUUUGAGCUGGAGGUCACCUGAGGGAAACUCAAGUUCGUAUAGGAUCCAAACCCUAGGAAAUCCAUCAUUUAAUAUGACUGUGAAUUCAACCUAUGCUAUAGUUGAAGGUCUUAUACCUGGGAAUUUUUAUACAUUCCUGGUCUCUGCCCUUAUUGAUGACGCUAAUGUACAGCAGGGUGAGAGAAGUAUCAUAUCUUCCUAUACGGAACUUGGUGAAGUAAAUAAUAUGAUCACAUUCAAUAUCUCAACCAGUUCUGUGUCUCUAAGCUGGGACGCACCUGAGGGAAAUGCAAGCUCUUACCUGAUUCAAAUAGAUAAUUCUUCUUUCACUGAGAUUGUGACUUCAACUUCUGUCACAAUUAAAAACUUGACUCCUGGGAACUAUUACACAUUCAUGGUCACUUCCCUUUUUGGAGAAAAUAUUUUACAGGGGGGAAGAAAUAACAUAUCUGCAUAUACAAAUCCUGGGAAAUUAAAAAACUUAAGCACACUGAACAUCACCACAAGUUCUGUGUUGCUGAGCUGGGAACCACCAGAGGGGAAUGCACAUUAUUAUGUUAUUCAAAUCCAGGCUAAUUCAUCAUUCAGCAAAACUGUGAAUUCAACCUCUGUUACAAUAAAAGAUUUGAUACCUGGAAAUUAUUUCAUAUUUAUAGUCUCUGCUAUCGUUGGUGAGAACGUACAGGGAGAGAGCAGUAGUAUAUCUCUCUAUACAAAACCAGGUAAAAUCCAGGACCUGAUAACAUUCAACAUAACAACAACAACUGUGUCUCUAAGCUGGAAAGCUCCUGAGGGAAACACAAGUUCUUAUUUGAUCCAAAUCCAGGGAAAUUUAACAUUUAAUAAAACUGUAACUUCUGCUCCUGUUACAAUUGAAGAUCUGAUGCCUGGAAAUGAUUACACAUUCCUGGUCUCUGCUCUUGUUGAUGAUGCUAAUGUUCAGGGGGAGAGCAGUGAUGUAUCAACCUAUACAAAUCCAGGUGUAAUCAAGAACCUGAUCAAAUUCAACAUUACCACCAGAUCUGUAUCUCUGAGCUGGGAGCCACCUACAGGAAACACAAGUUCUUAUCUGAUCCAAAUCCAGGAAAAUUCAACAUUUAGUAAAAUUGUCACUUCAGCUUCUGUUACCAUUGAAGAUCUGACACCUGGGAAUUAUUAUACAUUCCUGGUCUCUGCUCUUGUUGGUGACAGUAACAUACAAGGAGAGAGCAGUGCUAUAUCAACAUACACAAAACCUGAAAAAGUGAAGAAUAUUGGCACAUUCAAUAUGACCACCACAUCGAUUUCUCUACACUGGGAACCACCAGAUGGAAACGCAAGUUCUUAUAUUAUCAAAAUCCAGGGAAAUACCACUUUCAGUAAAAAUGUGACUUCUACUUCUGUUACAAUUGAAGACCUAAUUCCUGGGAUGUAUUACACAUUCCUGGUCUCUGCUCUUGUUGAUGAAUAUAAUGUACAGGGGAGCAGCCAAAUCAUAGCCACCUACACAGAACCUGGAAAAGUAAUUCACUUAACAAUACUUAACAUCACUACACGUUCUGUAUCUCUGAGCUGGGAACCACCUGAAGGCAACGUAAGUUCUUAUCUGAUUCAAAUCCAGGAAAACUCAACUUUCAAUAAAAUUUUGUCAUCAACUUCUGUUACAAUUGAAGAUCUAACACCUGGGAAUUAUUACACAUUCCUGGUCACUGCUCUUGUUGGUGAAAAUAAUAUACAGGGGAAGAGCAGCUCCAUAUCUAUCUAUACAAUACCUGGAGAGAUCAAGGAUCUUGCAUCUUCUACUAUCACCACCACGACUAUAUCUCUUUCAUGGCAGCCACCAGAAGGAAAGGUCACUUCGUAUCGUAUAAAUAUGACUGAAAAUCCAUCAUUUAAUAUAAUAGCUUCUUCACCAUUUGUGACAAUUGAAGAUCUGAUUCCUGGGAAUUAUUACACAUUCCUGGUUACUGCUGAGCUUAACGAUUUAGUAGGAGAAAGUAUUUCUAUCUCUCUAUAUACAAGACCUGCCAAUGUGACCAUCCGUGAUGUCUCUAAAGUAAACAGCACUUCACUAUAUGUGAGUUGGCUCCUUUCCAAAGGCAACAGAAGUUCUUAUUUCAUAGAAGUUUUAGGAGAUCCAUCACAGAGUUUCAGUGAGGGGUCAGAAUCAAUGACUAUCACAAACCUAACCAGUGGGAGCCAGUACACUGUGAGGGUCUCUGCAGUUGCUGGAGAGAAUGACUUAAGAGGGAGCAGUAGUGAGAUUUCUGUUUUAUUGUCAGAAAUCCUCAGCUCUACAGACAUCUCCACAAGGUCUGUGUUCCUGGUAUGGGAGGCUUUAGUAGGUAUGGACAUUUCCUACAGAAUCUCUGUGUUUGGAUCCCAGCCAAACAUGACAAAUGAGAACUCUACCGCUGUACGCAUUUAUGAUUUGACACCAGGGAAUUUCUAUACAAUUCAGCUUUCAGGAUAUCAAGGAAAUAAUAUAUUGUAUGGUUAUGGAAGUGAGAUUUCCUUGUAUACAAGACCUGAGAUGGUCAGAGAUGUCCAACUUGGAAAUGUAUCUAUCAACUCUUUUGACUUGAGCUGGCUGCCACCUGAUGGUAACCACAGUUUUUAUGAGAUUGAGGUGUCAGGGGAUUUAAAUCAGAUCCUGAACACAACAUCAGAGUCACUGCACAUUAAAAACCUGACACCAGGGAACAAAUACACAAUCAAGAUUAGGACAGUUACUGGAAAUAAUGUGCAAGGAGAUGCUCAUGAAACCAUUGCUUUUACCAAACCUGCAGAAGUCAAGAACCUGAUCACAUUAAACAUCACCACCAGAUCUGUGUCUUUGAGUUGGCAACCACCUGAGGGAAACACAAGUUCUUAUGUGAUUCAAAUCAAAGGAAACUCAACAUUUAAUAAAACUGUGGCUUCAACUUAUGUAACAGUUACAGAUCUGACACCUGGGAAUUAUUACAUAUUCCUGGUCUCUGCCCUUGUUGGAGAAGAGCAAGGGAAGUUUAGUGAUGUAUCUGCUUAUACAAAGCCUGGAGUAGUCACGGACCUGUCUGUGCUCAGCAUCACCAACAAAUCUGUGUCUUUGAGCUGGAAGUCACCUGAGGGAAACUCAAGUUCGUAUAGGAUCCAAACCCUAGGAAAUCCAACAUUUAAUAUGACUGUGAAUUCAACCUAUGCUAUAGUUGAAGGUCUUAUACCUGGGAAUUUUUAUACAUUCCUGGUCUCUGCCCUUAUUGAUGACGCUAAUGUACAGCAGGGUGAGAGAAGUAGCAUAUCUUCCUAUACGGAACUUGGUGAAGUAAAUAAUAUGAUCACAUUCAAUAUCUCAACCAGUUCUGUGUCUCUAAGCUGGGACGCACCUGAGGGAAAUGCAAGCUCUUACCUGAUUCAAAUAGAUAAUUCUUCUUUCACUGAGAUUGUGACUUCAACUUCUGUCACAAUUAAAAACUUGACUCCUGGGAACUAUUACACAUUCAUGGUCACUUCACUUUCUGGAGAAAAUAUUUUACAGGGGGGAAGAAAUAACAUAUCUGCAUAUACAAAACCUGGAGUGGUCAAGAACCUUGUUGUAUUUAACAUCACCACCAAAUCUGUGUCUCUGAGCUGGGAACCACCUGAAGGAAACUCAAGUUCUUUUCUGUCCCAAAUCCAAGGAAAUGCAAUUUAUAAUAAAACUGUGAUUUCUUCUUCUGUUACAAUUGAAGACUUGACUCCAGGGAAUUAUUACACAUUUCUCAUCUCUGCCCUUGUUGGUGAAGAUAACAUACAAGGGGGGAGCAGUUAUAUCUCUACCUACACAAAACCUGCAGAAGUCAAGAACCUGAUCACAUUAAACAUCACCACCAGAUCUGUGUCUUUGAGUUGGGAACCACCUGAGGGAAACACAAGUUCUUAUGUGAUUCAAAUCCAAGGAAACUCAACAUUUAAUAAAACUGUGACUUCAACUUAUGUAACAGUUACAGAUCUGACACCUGGGAAUUAUUACAUAUUCCUGGUCUCUACCCUUGUUGGAGAAGAGCAAGGGAAGUUUAGUGAUGUAUCUGCUUAUACAAAGCCUGGAGUAGUCACGGACCUGUCUGUGCUCAGCAUCACCAACAAAUCUGUGUCUUUGAGCUGGAGGUCACCUGAGGGAAACUCAAGUUCGUAUAUGAUCCAAACCCUAGGACAUCCAACAUUUAAUAUGACUGUGAAUUCAACCUAUGCUAUAGUUGAAGGUCUUAUACCUGGGAAUUUUUAUACAUUCCUGGUCUCUGCCCUUGUUGAUGACUCUAAUGUACAGCAGGGUGAGAGAAGUAGCAUAUCUUCCUAUACGGAACUUGGUGAAGUAAAUAAUAUGAUCACAUUCAAUAUCUCAACCAGUUCUGUGUCUCUAAGCUGGGACGCACCUGAGGGAAAUGCAAGCUCUUACCUGAUUCAAAUAGAUAAUUCUUCUUUCACUGAGAUUGUGACUUCAACUUCUGUCACAAUUAAAAACUUGACUCCUGGGAACUAUUACACAUUCAUGGUCACUUCCCUUUCUGGAGAAAAUAUUUUACAGGGGGGAAGAAAUAACAUAUCUGCAUAUACAAAUCCUGGGAAAUUAAAAAACUUAAGCACACUGAACAUCACCACAAGUUCUGUGUUGCUGAGCUGGGAACCACCAGAGGGGAAUGCACAUUAUUAUGUUAUUCAAAUCCAGGCUAAUUCAUCAUUCAGCAAAACUGUGAAUUCAACCUCUGUUACAAUAAAAGAUUUGAUACCUGGAAAUUAUUUCAUAUUCAUAGUCUCUGCUAUCGUUGGUGAGAACGUACAGGGAGAGAGCAGUAGUAUAUCUCUCUAUACAAAACCAGGUAAAAUCCAGGACCUGAUAACAUUCAACAUAACAACAACAUCUGUGUCUCUAAGCUGGAAACCUCCUGAGGGAAACACAAGUUCUUAUUUGAUCCAAAUCCAGGGAAAUUUAACAUUUAAUAAAACUGUAACUUCUGCUCCUGUUACAAUUGAAGAUCUGAUGCCUGGAAAUGAUUACACAUUCCUGGUCUCUGCUCUUGUUGAUGACGCUAAUGUUCAGGGGGAGAUCAGUGAUGUAUCAACCUAUACAAAACCUGGAGCAGUCAAGAACCUUGUUGUAUUUAACAUCACCACCAAAUCUGUGUCUCUGAGCUGGGAACCACCUGAAGGAAACUCAAGUUCUUUUCUGUCCCAAAUCCAAGGAAAUGCAACUUAUAAUAAAACUGUGAUUUCUUCUUCUGUUACAAUUGAAGACUUGACUCCAGGGAAUUAUUACACAUUUCUCAUCUCUGCCCUUGUUGGUGAAGAUAACAUACAAGGGGGGAGCAGUUAUAUCUCUACCUACACAAAACCUGCAGAAGUCAAGAACCUGAUCACAUUAAACAUCACCACCAGAUCUGUGUCUUUGAGUUGGGAACCACCUGAGGGAAACACAAGUUCUUAUGUGAUUCAAAUCCAAGGAAAUUCAACAUUUAAUAAAACUGUGACUUCAACUUAUGUAACAGUUACAGAUCUGACACCUGGGAAUUAUUACAUAUUCCUGGUCUCUGCCCUUGUUGUAGAAGAGCAAGGGAAGUUUAGUGAUGUAUCUGCUUAUACAAAGCCUGGAGUAGUCACGGACCUGUCUGUGCUCAGCAUCACCAACAAAUCUGUGUCUUUGAGCUGGAAGUCACCUGAGGGAAACUCAAGUUCGUAUAGGAUCCAAACCCUAGGAAAUCCAACAUUUAAUAUGACUGUGAAUUCAACCUAUGCUAUAGUUGAAGGUCUUAUACCUGGGAAUUUUUAUACAUUCCUGGUCUCUGCCCUUAUUGAUGACGCUAAUGUACAGCAGGGUGAGAGAAGUAUCAUAUCUUCCUAUACGGAACUUGGUGAAGUAAAUAAUAUGAUCACAUUCAAUAUCUCAACCAGUUCUGUGUCUCUAAGCUGGGACGCACCUGAGGGAAAUGCAAGCUCUUACCUGAUUCAAAUAGAUAAUUCUUCUUUCACUGAGAUUGUGACUUCAACUUCUGUCACAAUUAAAAACUUGACUCCUGGGAACUAUUACACAUUCAUGGUCACUUCACUUUCUGGAGAAAAUAUUUUACAGGGGGGAAGAAAUAACAUAUCUGCAUAUACAAAUCCUGGGAAAUUAAAAAACUUAAGCACACUGAACAUCACCACAAGUUCUGUGUUGCUGAGGUGGGAACCACCAGAGGGGAAUGCACAUUAUUAUGUUAUUCAAAUCCAGGCUAAUUCAUCAUUCAGCAAAACUGUGAAUUCAACCUCUGUUACAAUAAAAGAUUUGAUACCUGGAAAUUAUUUCAUAUUCAUAGUCUCUGCUAUCGUUGGUGAGAACGUACAGGGAGAGAGCAGUAGUAUAUCUCUCUAUACAAAACCAGGUAAAAUACAGGACCUGAUAACAUUCAACAUAACAACAACAUCUGUAUCUCUAAACUGGAAACCUCCUGAGGGAAACACAAGUUCUUAUUUGAUCCAAAUCCAGGGAAAUUUAACAUUUAAUAAAACUGUAACUUCUGCUCCUGUUACAAUUGAAGAUCUGAUGCCUGGAAAUGAUUACACAUUCCUGGUCUCUGCUCUUGUUGAUGAUGCUAAUGUUCAGGGGGAGAUCAGUGAUGUAUCAACCUAUACAAAACCUGGAGCGGUCAAGAACCUUGUUGUAUUUAACAUCGCCACCAAAUCUGUGUCUCUGAGCUGGGAACCACCUGAAGGAAACUCAAGUUCUUUUCUGUCCCAAAUCCAAGGAAAUGCAAUUUAUAAUAAAACUGUGAUUUCUUCUUCUGUUACAAUUGAAGACUUGACUCCAGGGAAUUAUUACACAUUUCUCAUCUCUGCCCUUGUUGGUGAAGAUAACAUACAAGGGGGGAGCAGUUAUAUAUCUACCUACACAAAACCUGCAGAAGUCAAGAACCUGAUCACAUUAAACAUCACCACCAGAUCUGUGUCUUUGAGUUGGGAACCACCUGAGGGAAACACAAGUUCUUAUGUGAUUCAAAUCCAAGGAAACUCAACAUUUAAUAAAACUGUGACUUCAACUUAUGUAACAGUUACAGAUCUGACACCUGGGAAUUAUUACAUAUUCCUGGUCUCUGCCCUUGUUGGAGAAGAGCAAGGGAAGUUUAGUGAUGUAUCUGCUUAUACAAAGCCUGGAGUAGUCACGGACCUGUCUGUGCUCAGCAUCACCAACAAAUCUGUGUCUUUGAGCUGGAGGUCACCUGAGGGAAACUCAAGUUCGUAUAGGAUCCAAACCCUAGGAAAUCCAACAUUUAAUAUGACUGUGAAUUCAACCUAUGCUAUAGUUGAAGGUCUUAUACCUGGGAAUUUUUAUACAUUCCUGGUCUCUGCCCUUGUUGAUGACGCUAAUGUACAGCAGGGUGAGAGAAGUAUCAUAUCUUCCUAUACGGAACUUGGCGAAGUAAAUAAUAUGAUCACAUUCAAUAUCUCAACCAGUUCUGUGUCUCUAAGCUGGGACGCACCUGAGGGAAAUGCAAGCUCUUACCUGAUUCAAAUAGAUAAUUCUUCUUUCACUGAGAUUGUGACUUCAACUUCUGUCACAAUUAAAAACUUAACUCCUGGGAACUAUUACACAUUCAUGGUCACUUCCCUUUUUGGAGAAAAUAUUUUACAGGGGGGAAGAAAUAACAUAUCUGCAUAUACAAAUCCUGGGAAAUUAAAAAACUUAAGCACACUGAAGAUCACCACAAGUUCUGUGUUGCUGAGCUGGGAACCACCGGAGGGGAAUGCACAUUAUUAUGUUAUUCAAAUCCAGGCUAAUUCAUCAUUCAGCAAAACUGUGAAUUCAACCUCUGUUACAAUAAAAGAUUUGAUACCUGGAAAUUAUUUCAUAUUCAUAGUCUCUGCUAUCGUUGGUGAGAACGUACGGGGAGAGAGCAGUAGUGUAUCUCUCUAUACAAAACCAGGUAAAAUACAGGACCUGAUAACAUUCAACAUAACAACAACAUCUGUGUCUCUAAGCUGGAAACCUCCUGAGGGAAACACAAGUUCUUAUUUGAUCCAAAUCCAGGGAAAUUUAACAUUUAAUAAAACUGUAACUUCUGCUCCUGUUACAAUUGAAGAUCUGACGUCUGGAAAUGAUUACACAUUCCUGGUCUCUGCUCUUGUUGAUGAUGCUAAUGUUCAGGGGGAGAUCAGUGAUGUAUCAACCUAUACAAAUCCAGGUGUUAUCAAGAACCUGAUCAAAUUCAACAUUACCACCAGAUCUGUAUCUCUGAGCUGGGAGCCACCUACAGGAAACACAAGUUCUUAUCUGAUCCAAAUCCAGGAAAAUUCAACAUUUAGUAAAAUUGUCACUUCAGCUUCUGUUACCAUUGAAGAUCUGACACCUGGGAAUUAUUAUACAUUCCUGGUCUCUGCUCUUGUUGGUGACAGUAACAUACAAGGAGAGAGCAGUGCUAUAUCAACAUACACAAAACCUGAAAAAGUGAAAAAUAUUGGCACAUUCAAUAUUACCACCACAUCGAUUUCUCUGCACUGGGAACCACCAGAUGGAAACGCAAGUUCUUAUAUUAUCAAAAUCCAGGGAAAUACCACUUUCAGUAAAAAUGUGACUUCUACUUCUGUUACAAUUGAAGACCUAACUCCUGGGAUUUAUUACACAUUCCUGGUCUCUGCUUUUGUUGAUGAAUAUAAUGUACAGGGGAGCAGCCAAAUCAUAGCCACCUACACAGAACCUGGAAAAGUAAUUCACUUAACAGUACUUAACAUCACUACACGUUCUGUAUCUCUGAGCUGGGAACCACCUGAAGGCAACGUAAGUUCUUAUCUGAUCCAAAUCCAGGAAAACUCAACUUUCAAUAAAAUUUUGUCAUCAACUUCUGUUACAAUUGAAGAUCUAACACCUGGGAAUUAUUACACAUUCCUGGUCACUGCUCUUGUUGGUGAAAAUAAUAUACAGGGGAAGAGCAGCUCCAUAUCUAUCUAUACAAUACCUGGAGAGAUCAAGGAUCUUGCAUCUUUCACGAUCACCACCACGACUAUAUCUCUUUCAUGGCAGCCACCAGAAGGAAAGGUCACUUCGUAUCGUAUAAAUAUGACUGAAAAUCCAUCAUUUAAUAUAAUAGCUUCUUCACCAUUUGUGACAAUUGAAGAUCUGAUUCCUGGGAAUUAUUACACAUUCCUGGUUACUGCUGAGCUUAACGAUUUAGUAGGAGAAAGUAUUUCUAUCUCUCUAUAUACAAGACCUGCCAAUGUGACCAUCCGUGAUGUCUCUAAAGUAAACAGCACUUCACUAUAUGUGAGUUGGCUCCUUUCCAAAGGCAACAGAAGUUCUUAUUUCAUAGAAGUUUUAGGAGAUCCACCACAGAGUUUCAGUGAGGGGUCAGAAUCAAUGACUAUCACAAACCUAACCAGUGGGAGCCAGUACACUGUGAGGGUCUCUGCAGUUGCUGGAGAGAAUGACUUAAGAGGGAGCAGCAGUGAGAUUUCUGUUUUGUUGUCAGAAAUCCUCAGCUCUACAGACAUCUCCACAAGGUCUGUGUUCCUGGUAUGGGAGGCUUUAGUAGGUAUGGACAUUUCCUACAGAAUCUCUGUGUUUGGAUCCCAGCCAAACAUGACAAAUGAGAACUCUACCGCUGUACGCAUUUAUGAUUUGACACCAGGGAAUUUCUAUACAAUUCAGCUUUCAGGAUAUCAAGGAAAUAAUAUAUUGUAUGGUUAUGGAAGUGAGAUUUCCUUGUAUACAAGACCUGAGAUGGUCAGAGAUGUCCAACUUGGAAAUGUAUCUAUCAACUCUUUUGACUUGAGCUGGCUGCCACCUGAUGGUAACCGCAGUUUUUAUGAGAUUGAGGUGUCAGGGGAUUUAAAUCAGAUCCUGAACACAACAUCAGAGUCACUGCACAUUAAAAACCUGACACCAGGGAACAAAUACACAAUCAAGAUCAGGACAGUUACUGGAAAUAAUGUGCAAGGAGAUGCUUAUGAAACCAUUGCUUUUACCAAACCUGAAGAGGUGAAUAACCUAUUUGUGCUCAAUACCUCCACCAAUUCUGUGUCUCUGAGCUGGGAUCCACCUGUGGGAAAUGCAAGUUUUUAUCUUAUCCAGAUCCAGGGAAAUUCUACAUUCAGUAUAAAUGUGACUUCAACAUCUCUUACAAUUAAAGACCUGACACCUGGGAAUUAUUACACAUUCCUGGUCUCUGCUCUUGUUGAUGCAAAUAAUGUACAGGGGAACAGCAAAUUCAUAUCUACAUAUACAAAACCUGAAGAGGUGAAUAACCUAUUUGUGCUCAAUACCUCCACCAAUUCUGUGUCUCUGAGCUGGGAUCCACCUGUGGGAAAUGCAAGUUCUUAUCUGAUCCAAAUCCAAGAAGAUUCAACAUUCAAUAAAAUUGUGACUUCAACAUCUCUUACAAUUAAAGACCUGACACCUGGGAAUUAUUACACAUUCCUGGUCUCUGCUCUUGUUGAUAAAGCUAAUGUACAGGGGAACAGCAAAUUCAUAUCUACAUAUACAAAAACUGAAGAAAUCAAAAGCCUUAGCAUAAUCAACAUCACCACAAGUUCUGUAUCUCUAAACUGGGAACCACCUAUAGGAAAUUCAAGUUCUUAUCUGAUCAAAAUACAGGAAAACCCCUAUUUUAAUAAAAUCGUACCUUCAACUUCUUUUACUAUCGAAGAUCUGAUACCUGGGAAUUACUACACAUUUCUAGUAUCUGCUCUUGUUGGUGAUUCUCAUGUGCAGAGUAACAGCAAGGUCAUAUCUACAUACACAAAACCCGGAGAAGUCCAAAACCUGACUGUGUUCAGCAUUACCACCAGAUCUGUGUCUCUGAUCUGGAGAGCACCUGAGGGAAACACAGGUUCUUAUUUGAUCCAAAUUCAGGGAAAUAAAACAUUCAAUAGCACUGUGACUUCAGCGUCUGCUACCAUUGAAAAUCUGAUCCCUGGAAAUUAUUACACAUUUAUGGUGUCUGUACUUGUUGGCGAAGAUAACAUACAGGGGAUCAGUAGAGAUAUAUCUACCUACACACAACCUGGGGAGGUCAAGACGAUUAUAAUAGUCAACAUCACCACCAGAUCUGUAGCUCUGAGCUGGGAACCUCCUGAGGGAAACACAAGUUCUUAUUUGAUCCAAAUCAAGGGAAAUUCAACAUUUAAUAAAACUGUUACUUUACCUUCAAUCACAAUUGAAGAUCUCAUACCUGGGAAUUAUUACACAUUCCUGGUGUCUGUGCUUGCUGGUGAAGAUAGUAUACAGGGGACGAGCAGCAGCAUAUCUACCUACACACAUCCUGGUGAGGUCAAGAACCUCAAAACACUCAACAUCACCACUAAUUCUGUAACAUUGAACUGGGAACCACCUGAUGGAAAUAUGAGUUUAUAUCUAAUACAAAUCCAAGGAAAUUCAACUUUUAAUAAAACUGUAGUUUCAACAUCUGUAACAAUUGAAGAUCUGACGCCUGGAAAUUAUUACACAUUCCUGGUUUCUGCUCUUGUUGGUGAAGAUAAUGUACAGGGAAGAAGCAAAUAUAUAUCCACUUACACAAAACCUGGAAAAGUCAAAACCCUAACAGUAUUCAACAUCACCAGCAAAUCUUUGACUCUGAGCUGGGAACCACCUGAGGGAAACACAAGUUAUUAUUUGAUACAAAUUCAGGAAAAUGCAACAUUUACUAAAACUGUGACUUCUGCUUCUGUUGCAAUUGAAGAGCUGACACCUGGGAACUAUUACACAUUCAUGGUCUUUGCAAUAGUUGGAGACACUAAAGUCCAGGGGAUAAGCAAUGAUAUAUCUGUCUAUACAAAACCUGGAGAAGUCAUGAACCUCACUAUAUCCAACAUGACCACCAGAUCCCUGUAUCUGAGCUGGGAACCACCUGAAGGAAAUGCAAGUUCUUACCUGAUCCAACUGCAGGGAAAUUCAACAUUCUAUAAAACAGUGACUCUAACUUCUCUUUCGAUUGAAGAUCUGACACCUGGGAAUUAUUACACAUUCCUGGUCUCUGCUCUUGUUGGUGAAGGUAUAAUACAGGGGAACAGCAAAUACAUUUCUGUUAUAAUGCAACCCAGAGAGGUAAAAAACCUCACUGCAUUCAACAUCAGCACCAGAUCUGUGUCUCUGAGCUGGAACCCACCUGAAGGACAUACAAGUUCUUAUUUAAUCCAAAUUGAGGAAAAUUCUACAUUCAGCAGAAAUGUGACUUCAACUUCUGUUACAAUUGAAGAUCUGACACCUGGGUAUUAUUACACAUUCCUGGUCUCUGCUCUUGUUGGUGAAGAUAACAUACAGGGAGAGAGCAAAUACAUAUCUGCUUACACAAAACCAGGAGAAGUUAUAAAUUUGUUUUUAUACAACAAUACCACCAUUAGAUCUGUAUCACUGAGAUGGGAACCUCCUGAGGGAAACACAAGUUCUUAUUUGAUUCAAAUCCAGGGAAAUUCAACAUUCAAUAAAACUGUGACUUCAACUUCUGUUGUAAUUGAAGAUCUGACACCAGGAAAUUAUUACACCUUCCUGGUCUCUGCUCUUGUUGGUGAAAUUAAUUUACAAGGGAAUAGCAAAUACAUAUCAACUUACACAAAGCCCGGAGAAGUAAAGAACAUUACUGUAUUCAACAUGACUACUAGCUCUGUCACUGUGAGCUGGGAACCACCUGAAGGAAACACAAGUUCUUAUCUGAUCCAAUUCCAGGGAACUACAAAUUUCAGCAGAACUGUGGAUUUUACUUACAUUACAAUUGAUAAUCUAACACCUGGGAAUUAUUAUACUUUCUUGGUCUCUGCUGUUGUUGGUGAAUUGGGUGUACAGGGGAAGGGCAAAAUCAUAUCUACCUACACAAAACCCAGCACUGUCAAGAAUGUGACUAUAUUCAAUGUCACCACCUAUUCUGUGUCCCUGCGCUGGGAUCCACCUGUGGGAAAUGCAAGUUCUUAUCUGAUCCAAGUUGAAGAAAAUUCAACAUACAGCAAAAUUGUGACUUCAACUUUUUUUACAGUUGAAGAUCUUUCUCCUGGGAAUUUGUACACAUUUCUGGUCUCUGCUCUUGUUGGAGAAAAUAAUGUACAAGGGGAACGUAGUGUCAUAUUUUCCUACGUUGAACCUGGAAAAGUCAAAACCCUCACAGUAUUCAACAUCACCAGCAAAUCUUUGACUCUGAGCUGGGAACCACCUGAGGGAAACACAAGUUAUUAUUUGAUACAAAUUCAGGAAAAUGCAACAUUUACUAAAACUGUGACUUCUGCUUCUGUUGUAAUUGAAGAGCUGACACCUGGGAACUAUUACACAUUCAUGGUCUUUGCAAUAGUUGGAGACACUAAAGUCCAGGGGAUAAGCAAUGAUGUAGCUGUCUAUACAAAACCUGGAGAAGUCAUGAACCUCACUAUAUCCAACAUGACCACCAGAUCCCUGUAUCUGAGCUGGGAACCACCUGAAGGAAAUGCAAGUUCUUACCUGAUCCAAAUGCAGGGAAAUUCAACAUUCUAUAAAACAGUGACUUUAACUUCUCUUUCGAUUGAAGAACUGACACCUGGGAAUUAUUACACAUUCCUGGUCUCUGCUCUUGUUGAUGAUACAAUACAGGGGAACAGCAAAUACAUUUCUGUUAUAAUUCAACCCAGAGAAGUAAAAAACCUCACUGCAUUCAACAUCACCACCAGAUCUGUGUCUCUGAGCUGGAACCCACCUGAAGGACAUAUAAGUUCUUAUUUAAUCCAAAUUGAGGAAAAUUCUACAUUCAGCAGAAAUGUGACUUCAACUUCUGUUACAAUUGAAGAUCUGACACCUGGGUAUUAUUACACAUUCCUGGUCUCUGCUCUUGUUGGUGAAGAUAACAUACAGGGAGAGAGCAAAUACAUAUCUGCUUACACAAAACCAGGAGAAGUUAUAAAUUUGUUUUUAUACAACAAUACCACCAUUAGAUCUGUAUCACUGAGCUGGGAACCUCCUGAGGGAAACAAAAGUUCUUAUUUGAUUCAAAUCCAGGGAAAUUCAACAUUCAAUAAAACUGUGACUUCAACUUCUGUUGUAAUUGAAGAUCUGACACCUGGGAAUUAUUACACAUUCCUGGUCUCUGCUCUUGUUGAUGAUACAAUACAGGGGAACAGCAAAUACAUUUCUGUUAUAAUUCAACCCAGAGAAGUAAAAAACCUCACUGCAUUCAACAUCACCACCAGAUCUGUGUCUCUGAGCUGGAACCCACCUGAAGGACAUAUAAGUUCUUAUUUAAUCCAAAUUGAGGAAAAUUCUACAUUCAGCAGAAAUGUGACUUCAACUUCUGUUACAAUUGAAGAUCUGACACCUGGGUAUUAUUACACAUUCCUGGUCUCUGCUCUUGUUGGUGAAGAUAACAUACAGGGAGAGAGCAAAUACAUAUCUGCUUACACAAAACCAGGAGAAGUUAUAAAUUUGUUUUUAUACAACAAUACCACCAUUAGAUCUGUAUCACUGAGCUGGGAACCUCCUGAGGGAAACACAAGUUCUUAUUUGAUUCAAAUCCAGGGAAAUUCAACAUUCAAUAAAACUGUGACUUCAACUUCUGUUGUAAUUGAAGAUCUGACACCAGGAAAUUAUUACACCUUCCUGGUCUCUGCUCUUGUUGGUGAAAUUAAUUUACAAGGGAAUAGCAAAUACAUAUCAACUUACACAAAGCCCGGAGAAGUAAAGAACAUUACUGUAUUCAACAUCACUACUAGCUCUGUCACUGUGAGCUGGGAACCACCUGAAGGAAACACAAGUUCUUAUCUGAUCCAAUUCCAGGGAACUACAAAUUUCAGCAGAACUGUGGAUUUGAUUUACAUUACAAUUGAUAAUCUAACACCUGGGAAUUAUUAUACGUUCUUGGUCUCUGCUGUUGUUGGUGAAUUGGGUGUACAGGGCGAGGGCAAAAUCAUAUCUACCUACACAAAACCCAGCACUGUCAAGAAUGUGACUAUAUUCAAUGUCACCACCUAUUCUGUGUCCCUGCACUGGGAUCCACCUGUGGGAAAUGCAAGUUCUUAUCUGAUCCAAGUUGAAGAAAAUUCAACAUACAGCAAAAUUGUGACUUCAACUUUUUUUACAGUUGAAGAUCUUUCUCCUGGGAAUUUGUACACAUUUCUGGUCUCUGCUCUUGUUGGAGAAAAUAAUGUACAAGGGGAACGUAGUGUCAUAUUUUCCAACGUUGAACCUGGAAAAGUCAAAACCCUCACAGUAUUCAACAUCACCAGCAAAUCUUUGACUCUGAGCUGGGAACCACCUGAGGGAAACACAAGUUAUUAUUUGAUACAAAUUCAGGAAAAUGCAACAUUUACUAAAACUGUGACUUCUGCUUCUGUUGUAAUUGAAGAGCUGACACCUGGGAACUAUUACACAUUCAUGGUCUUUGCAAUAGUUGGAGACAUUAAAGUCCAGGGGAUAAGCAAUGAUGUAGCUGUCUAUACAAAACCUGGAGAAGUCAUGAACCUCACUAUAUCCAACAUGACCACCAGAUCCCUGUAUCUGAGCUGGGAACCACCUGAAGGAAAUGCAAGUUCUUACCUGAUCCAAAUGCAGGGAAAUUCAACAUUCUAUAAAACAGUGACUUUAACUUCUCUUUCGAUUGAAGAUCUGACACCUGGGAAUUAUUACACAUUCCUGGUCUCUGCUCUUGUUAAUGAUACAAUACAGGGGAACAGCAAAUACAUUUCUGUUAUAAUUCAACCCAGAGAAGUAAAAAACCUCACUGCAUUCAACAUCAGCACCAGAUCUGUGUCUCUGAGCUGGAACCCACCUGAAGGACAUACAAGUUCUUAUUUAAUCCAAAUUGAGGAAAAUUCUACAUUCAGCAGAAAUGUGACUUCAACUUCUGUUACAAUUGAAGAUCUGACACCUGGGUAUUAUUACACAUUCCUGGUCUCUGCUCUUGUUGGUGAAGAUAACAUACAGGGAGAGAGCAAAUACAUAUCUGCUUACACAAAACCAGGAGAAGUUAUAAAUUUGUUUUUAUACAACAAUACCACCAUUAGAUCUGUAUCACUGAGAUGGGAACCUCCUGAGGGAAACACAAGUUCUUAUUUGAUUCAAAUCCAGGGAAAUUCAACAUUCAAUAAAACUGUGACUUCAACUUCUGUUACAAUUGAAGAUCUGACACCAGGGAAUUAUUACACAUUCCUGGUCUCUGCUCUUGUUGGUGAAAUUAAUUUACAAGGAAAUAGCAAAUACAUAUCAACUUACACAAAGCCCGGAGAAGUAAAGAACAUUACUGUAUUCAACAUGACUACUAGCUCUGUCACUGUGAGCUGGGAACCACCUGAAGGAAACACAAGUUCUUAUCUGAUCCAAUUCCAGGGAACUACAAAUGUCAGCAGAACUGUGGAUUUGACUUACAUUACAAUUGAUAAUCUAACACCUGGGAAUUAUUAUACGUUCUUGGUCUCUGCUGUUGUUGGUGAAUUGGGUGUACAGGGCGAGGGCAAAAUCAUAUCUACCUACACAAAACCCAGCAAUGUCAAGAAUGUGACUAUAUUCAAUGUCACCACCUAUUCUGUGUCCCUGCGCUGGGAUCCACCUGUGGGAAAUGCAAGUUCUUAUCUGAUCCAAGUUGAAGAAAAUUCAACAUACAGCAAAAUUGUGAUUUCAACUUUUUUUACAGUUGAAGAUCUUUCUCCUGGGAAUUUGUACACAUUUCUGGUCUCUGCUCUUGUUGGAGAAAAUAAUGUACAAGGGGAACGUAGUGUCAUAUUUUCCUACGUUGAACCAGAGCCUGUUAAGAACCUCACAGUUUCAAAAAUCACCAGCAGUUCUGUAUCUCUGAGCUGGGAGCCACCUGGGGGGAGCACACAUUUCUAUUUGAUCCAAAUCCAGGGAAAUUCCACUUUUUAUCAAACUGUGAUAUCAACCAAUAAUACAAUUGAAGGUCUGACUUCUGGGUUUUAUUACACAUUCCUGGUCUCUGCUGCCGUUGGAGCUUCUGACUUACAGAAUGUAAAGGGGAAGAAUAGGGACAUAUCUACCUACACAAAACCUGGAAAAGUCAAAACCCUCACAGUAUUCAACAUCACCAGCAAAUCUUUGACUCUGAGCUGGGAACCACCUGAGGGAAACACAAGUUAUUAUUUGAUACAAAUUCAGGAAAAUGCAACAUUUACUAAAACUGUGACUUCUGCUUCUGUUGCAAUUGAAGAGCUGACACCUGGGAACUAUUACACAUUCAUGGUCUUUGCAAUAGUUGGAGACACUAAAGUCCAGGGGAUAAGCAAUGAUGUAGCUGUCUAUACAAAACCUGGAGAAGUCAUGAACCUCACUAUAUCCAACAUAACUACUAAAUCCUUGUAUCUGAGCUGGGAACCACCUGAAGGAAAUGCAAGUUCUUACCUGAUCCAAAUGCAGGGAAAUUCAACAUUCAAUAAAACAGUGACUUUAACUUCUCUUUCGAUUGAAGAUCUGACACCUGGGAAUUAUUACACAUUCCUGGUCUCUGCUCUUGUUGAUGAAGAUACAAUACAGGGGAACAGCAAAUACAUUUCUGUUAUAAUGCAAAUUGGAAAGGUAAAAAACCUGAUCAAAUUUAACAUCACCACCAGAUCUGUGUCUCUGAGCUGGGAACCUCCUGAGGGAAAUGCAAGUUCUUAUGUGAUCCAAAUCAUGGGAAAUUCAACAUUCAAAAAAACUGUAACUUCAACCUCUAUUACAAUUGAUGAGCUGACACCUGGAAAUUAUUACACAUUCCUGGUCUCUGCUCUGAUUGGUGAUACUGACAUGCAGGGGAGUAGUCAAAUCAUAUCUACCUAUACAAGGCCUGGUGAAGUAAAAAUGCUGAGCAUAUUGAACAUCACCACUCGUUCUGUGUAUCUGAGCUGGGAGUUACCUGAGGGAAACACAAGUUCUUAUCUUAUCCAAAUAAAUGGAAAUUCAACUUUUAACAAAAUUGUUACUUCAACUUAUGUUACUAUUGAAGAACUUUCACCUGGGUCUUAUUAUAUAUUCCUUGUCUCUGUUCGUGUUGGUGAAGAUAAUGUGCAAGGGGAGAGCAUGAAUAUAUCUACCAAUACAGUACCUGGAGAGGUCAAUGGUAUCACAGCUUACACCAUCAACACCAAAUCUAUAUCUUUGAGAUGGCAGCCAUUAGAGGGAAUUGAUAUUUAUAUUAUAAAAAUGGCAGACAAUUCAACAUUCAUUAAAACAGUAACCGUGCCAUUCAUCACAAUUGAAGAUCUGACCCCUGGGAAUUAUUACACAUUUCUGGUUUCUACUCAGCUUUCUGGUUUACAGGGGGAAAGUGUUUCCUUUUCUCAGUAUACUCGACCAGCCAGUGUGUCAUUCCUUGAGAUCUCUAAAGUAAACAGCACCUCACUAUAUGUGAGUUGGCUGCUCUCAGAAGGCAACAGAAGUUCUUAUAUGGUAGAAGUUUUGGGAGAUCAAUCUCAGAGUUUCAAUGUGGGAUCAGAAGCAGUGACUAUUACAAACCUGACCAGUGAGAGCCAGUACACAGUGAGGAUCUCUGCAGUUGCUGGAGAGAACGACCUAAGAGGCAGCAGCAGUGAGAUUUCUGUCUUAUUGUCACAGAUCCUCAGUUCUACAGAUAUUUCCACCAGGUCAGUGUUCCUGGUAUGGGAAGCCUUGCUAGGUGUGAAUGUUUCCUACAGAAUCUCUGUGAAUGGAUCCCAACCAAACAUGACGACUGAGAACUCAACAGCUGUACUUUACAAUUUGAUACCAGGGAAUUUCUAUUGGAUUCAGCUUUCAGCAUAUCAAGGAUAUAAUUUCUUAUUUGGUUAUGGAAGUGAUAUCUUCCUAUAUACAAGGCCAGAGAUGGUCAGGGACGUGCAUCUUGGAAUUAUAUCUACUAGCUAUAUCGACGUGAGCUGGCUGCCACCAGAUGGUGCCCACAGUUUUUACGAGAUUGAGGUCUCAGGGGAUUUAAGAAAGAUACUAAACACAACUUCUGAGUCACUGAGGAUUGAAAACCUAACACCUGGGAACAAAUACACAAUAAAGAUCAAGGCAGUUACUGGGAACUAUGUACAAGGAGAUACCUCUGUAACAUCCUUUUAUACCAAACCUGCAGCAGUUAAAAACCUAUUAGCAUUUGCAAUCACCACACAUUCAAUAUCUCUGACCUGGGAACCUCCAGAGGGAAACACAAGUUCUUAUCUGAUUCAAAUACAGGGAAAUUCAAAUGUCACAAAAAAUGUGACUUUAACUUCUGUUACAAUUGAAGAUCUGACAUCUGGGAAUUAUUACACAUUCCUGGUCUCUGCUCUUGUUGGUGAAGAUAAUGUACAGGGGGAUAGCAAAACCAUAUCUACAUACACAAAACCCGGAGAAAUCACAAACCUCACUGUAUUCAACAUUACGACCAGAUCUGUGUCUCUGAGCUGGGAAGCACCUGAGGGAAACAGAAGUUCUUAUUUGAUCCAAAUCUUGGGAAAUUCAAGUUUUAGCAAGAAUGUAACUUCACCUUUAGUUACAAUUGAAGAUCUAACACCUGGGAAUUAUUACACCUUCCUAGUCUGUGCAUUUGCUGGUGAAGAUAGUAUACAGGGGAAUAGCAAAUAUGUAUCUGUCUACACAGAUCCUGAAGAAGUCAAAAACCUAACUGUAGUAAACAUCACUAGCAAUUUUGUAUCUAUGAGCUGGGAUCCACCUGUGGGAAACACAAGUUUUUACCUCAUCCAAAUGCAGGGAAAUUCAUUUUUCAACAUAAAGGUGCUUUCAACUUCUGUUACAGUUGAUUAUCUGACACCUGGGACUUAUUACACAUUCCUGGUCUCUGUUCUUGUUGGUGAAGCCGUACAAGGGAAUAUCAAAAACAUAUCUACAUACACAAAACCCGGAGAAGUAAAAAAACUGUCUGUAUUUAAUCUCAGCACUAGUUCUGCAUCUCUUAUCUGGGAGCCACCAGUGGGGAACACAAGUUCUUACCUCAUUCAAAUCCAGGGGAAUUCAACCUUUAAUAAAACUGUGAAAUUAACUUCUGCUAUAAUUGAAGACCUAAUACCUGGGAAUUACUACACAUUCCUGGUCUCAGCUCUUGCUGGUGAAGAUAAAAUACAAGGGGGCAGCCAAGAGGUGUCUACAUACACAGAACCUGCGCAAGUCAAAAAUUUAACAAUGUAUAACAUCACCACCAAAUCUGUGUCUCUGAGCUGGGAACCACCUGAGGGAAACACAAAUUCUUAUUUUAUUCAAAUGAAAGGAAAUUCAGUCUUCAAUAAAACUGUGAAUUCAUCUUCUGUCACAAUUGAAAGUUUAACACCUGGGAAUUAUUACACAUUCCUGGUCUCUGCUCUUGCUGGUGACUCUAAUGUACAAGGGAGAAGCAGCAACAUAUCUACAUACACAGUACCAGAACAAGUGAAGAACUUAAACAAUACUGGCAUCACCACCAGAACUGUCUCUUUGAGCUGGGGUCCACCUGAGGGAGAUGCAAGUUCUUAUCUGCUCCAAAUCCAGGAAAAUGCAACAUUUAGUAAAAUUGUGACUUCAACUUCUGUUACAAUUGAGGACCUAACCCCUGGGAAUUAUUACACAUUCCUGGUCUCUGCUCUAGUAGGUGACCCUAAAGUACAGGGGAUGAGUAGGAACCAAUCUACCUAUACAAUACCUGAACAAGUGACAAACUUAAAUAUAACUGGCACCACCACCAGAUCUGUGUCACUGAGCUGGGGUCCACCUGAGGGAAACACAAGUUCUUAUCUAAUCAAAAUCCAGGAAAAUCCAACAUUUAGUAAAAUUGUGACUUCAACUUAUGUUUCAAUUGAAGACCUGGCCCCUGGGAAUUAUUACACAUUCCUGGUCUCUGCUCUAGCUGGUGACUCUAAAGUACAGGGGGCGAUCAGGAGCCAAUCUACCUAUACAAUACCCGAACAAGUGACGAAUGUAAACAUAACUGGCAUCACCACUAGAUCUGCCUUUCUAAGUUGGGGUCCACCUGAGGGAAACACAAGUUCUUAUCUGAUCCAAAUCCAGGAAAAUACAACAUUUAGUAAAAUUGUGACUUCAACCUCUGUUACAAUUGAAGACCUGACCCCUGGGAAUUAUUAUACUUUCCUGGUCUCUGCUCUUGCUGGUGAUCCUAAAGUACAGGGGAUGAACCGUAGUCAAUCUACCUAUACAAAACCCGAACAAGUGACGAAUGUAAACAUAACCGGCAUUACCACUAGAUCUGUCUCUCUGAGCUGGGAUCCCCCUGAGGGAAACACAAGUUCUUAUCUGAUUCAAAUCCAGGAAAAUACAACAUUUAGUAAAAUUGUGACUUCAACCUCUGUUACAAUUGAAGACCUGGUCCCUGGGAAUUAUUACACAUUCCUGGUCUCUGCUCUUACUGGUGACUCUAAUGUACAGGGGAGGAACAUCAGCCUAUCUGCCUAUACAAGACCCAAACAAGUAACGAAUGUAAACAUAACUGGCACCACCACUAGAUCUGUCUCUCUGAGCUGGGAUCCCCCUGAGGGAAACACAAGUUCUUAUCUGAUUCAAAUCCAGGAAAAUACAACAUUUAGUAAAAUUGUGACUUCAACCUCUGUUACAAUUGAAGACCUGACCCCUGGGAAUUAUUACACAUUCCUGGUCUCUGCUCUAGCUGGUGACUCUAAAGUACAGGGGGCGAGCAGCAGCAGAUCUACCUAUGCAAUACCCGAACAAGUGACGAAUGUAAACAUAACUGGCAUCACCACCAGAUCUGUCUUUCUGAGUUGGGGUCCACCUGAGGGAAACACAAGUACUUAUCUGAUCCAAAUCCAGGAAAAUACAACAUUUAGUAAAAUUGUGACUUUGCCCUCUGUUACAAUUGAAGACCUGACCCCCGGAAAUUAUUAUACUUUCCUGGUCUCUGCUCUUGCUGGUGAUCCUAAAGUACAGGGGAUGAGCCGUAGUCGAUCUACCUAUACAAUACCUGAACACGUGUCAAAUGUAAACAUAACUGGCAUCGCCACCCGAUCUGUCUCUCUGAGCUGGGGUCCCCCUGAAGGAAACACAAGUUCUUAUCUAAUCAAAAUCCAGGAAAAUGCAACAUUUAGUAAAACUGUGACUUCAACUUAUGUUUCAAUUGAAGACCUAACCCCUGGGAAUUAUUACACAUUCCUGGUCUCUGCUCUAGCUGGGGACUCUAAAGUACAGGGGGCGAGCAGCAACAGAUCUACCUAUACAAUACCCGAACAAGUGACGAAUGUAAACACAACUGGCAUCACCACUAGAUCUGUCAUUCUGAGUUGGGGUCCACCUGAGGGAAACACAAGUUCUUAUCUGAUCCAGAUCCAGGAAAAUACAACAUUUAGUAAAAUUGUGACUUCAACCUCUGUUACAAUUGAAGACCUGACCCCCGGGAAAUAUUAUACUUUCCUGGUCUCUGCUCUUGCUGGUGAUCCUAAAGUACAGGGGAUGAGCCGUAGUCGAUCUACCUAUACAAUACCUGAACAUGUGACAAAUGUAAACAUAACUGGCAUCGCCACCCGAUCUGUCUCUCUGAGCUGGGGUCCCCCUGAGGGAAACACAAGUUCUUAUCUAAUCAAAAUCCAGGAAAAUGCAACAUUUAGUAAAACUGUGACUUCAACUUAUGUUUCAAUUGAAGACCUAACCCCUGGGAAUUAUUACACAUUCCUGGUCUCUGCUCUAGCUGGUGACUCUAAAGUACAGGGGGCGAGCAGCAGCAGAUCUACCUAUACAAUACCCGAACAAGUGACGAAUGUAAACACAACUGGCAUCACCACCAGAUCUGUCUUUCUGAGUUGGGGUCCACCUGAGGGAAACACAAGUUCUUAUCUGAUCCAAAUCCAGGAAAAUACAACAUUUAGUAAAAUUGUGACUUCGCCCUCUGUUACAAUUGAAGACCUGACCCCUGGGAAUUAUUACACUUUCCUGGUCUCUGCUCUUGCUGGUGAUCCUAAAGUACAGGGGAUGAGCCGUAGUCGAUCUACCUAUACAAUACCUGAACAUGUGACAAAUGUAAACAUAACUGGCAUCGCCACCCGAUCUGUCUCUCUGAGCUGGGGUCCCCCUGAAGGAAACACAAGUUCUUAUCUAAUCAAAAUCCAGGAAAAUGCAACAUUUAGUAAAACUGUGACUUCAACUUAUGUUUCAAUUGAAGACCUAACCCCUGGGAAUUAUUACACAUUCCUGGUCUCUGCUCUAGCUGGGGACUCUAAAGUACAGGGGGCGAGCAGCAACAGAUCUACCUAUACAAUACCCGAACAAGUGACGAAUGUAAACACAACUGGCAUCACCACUAGAUCUGUCAUUCUGAGUUGGGGUCCACCUGAGGGAAACACAAGUUCUUAUCUGAUCCAGAUCCAGGAAAAUACAACAUUUAGUAAAAUUGUGACUUCAACCUCUGUUACAAUUGAAGACCUGACCCCCGGGAAUUAUUAUACUUUCCUGGUCUCUGCUCUUGCUGGUGAUCCUAAAGUACAGGGGAUGAGCCGUAGUCGAUCUACCUAUACAAUACCUGAACAUGUGACAAAUGUAAACAUAACUGGCAUCGCCACCCGAUCUGUCUCUCUGAGCUGGGGUCCCCCUGAGGGAAACACAAGUUCUUAUCUAAUCAAAAUCCAGGAAAAUACAACAUUUAGUAAAACUGUGACUUCAACUUAUGUUUCAAUUGAAGACCUAACCCCUGGGAAUUAUUACACAUUCCUGGUCUCUGCUCUAGCUGGUGACUCUAAAGUACAGGGGGCGAGCAGCAGCAGAUCUACCUAUACAAUACCCGAACAAGUGACGAAUGUAAACACAACUGGCAUCACCACCAGAUCUGUCUUUCUGAGUUGGGGUCCACCUGAGGGAAACACAAGUUCUUAUCUGAUCCAAAUCCAGGAAAAUACAACAUUUAGUAAAAUUGUGACUUCGCCCUCUGUUACAAUUGAAGACCUGACCCCUGGGAAUUAUUACACUUUCCUGGUCUCUGCUCUUGCUGGUGAUCCUAAAGUACAGGGGAUGAGCCGUAGUCGAUCUACCUAUACAAUACCUGAACACGUGUCAAAUGUAAACAUAACUGGCAUCGCCACCCGAUCUGUCUCUCUGAGCUGGGGUCCCCCUGAGGGAAACACAAGUUCUUAUCUAAUCAAAAUCCAGGAAAAUGCAACAUUUAGUAAAACUGUGACUUCAACUUAUGUUUCAAUUGAAGACCUAACCCCUGGGAAUUAUUACACAUUCCUGGUCUCUGCUCUAGCUGGGGACUCUAAAGUACAGGGGGCGAGCAGCAACAGAUCUACCUAUACAAUACCCGAACAAGUGACGAAUGUAAACACAACUGGCAUCACCACUAGAUCUGUCAUUCUGAGUUGGGGUCCACCUGAGGGAAACACAAGUUCUUAUCUGAUCCAGAUCCAGGAAAAUACAACAUUUAGUAAAAUUGUGACUUCAACCUCUGUUACAAUUGAAGACCUGACCCCCGGGAAUUAUUAUACUUUCCUGGUCUCUGCUCUUGCUGGUGAUCCUAAAGUACAGGGGAUGAGCCGUAGUCGAUCUACCUAUACAAUACCUGAACAUGUGACAAAUGUAAACAUAACUGGCAUCGCCACCCGAUCUGUCUCUCUGAGCUGGGGUCCCCCUGAGGGAAACACAAGUUCUUAUCUAAUCAAAAUCCAGGAAAAUGCAACAUUUAGUAAAACUGUGACUUCAACUUAUGUUUCAAUUGAAGACCUAACCCCUGGGAAUUAUUACACAUUCCUGGUCUCUGCUCUAGCUGGUGACUCUAAAGUACAGGGGGCGAGCAGCAGCAGAUCUACCUAUACAAUACCCGAACAAGUGACGAAUGUAAACACAACUGGCAUCACCACCAGAUCUGUCUUUCUGAGUUGGGGUCCACCUGAGGGAAACACAAGUUCUUAUCUGAUCCAAAUCCAGGAAAAUACAACAUUUAGUAAAAUUGUGACUUUGCCCUCUGUUACAAUUGAAGACCUGACCCCCGGCAAUUAUUAUACUUUCCUGGUCUCUGCUCUUGCUGGUGAUCAUAAAGUACAGGGGAUGAGCCGUAGUCUAUCUACCUAUACAAUACCUGAACACGUGUCAAAUGUAAACAUAACUGGCAUCGCCACCCGAUCUGUCUCUCUGAGCUGGGGUCCCCCUGAGGGAAACACAAGUUCUUAUCUAAUCAAAAUCCAGGAAAAUGCAACAUUUAGUAAAACUGUGACUUCAACUUAUGUUUCAAUUGAAGACCUAACCCCUGGGAAUUAUUACACAUUCCUGGUCUCUGCUUUAGCUGGUGACUCUAAAGUACAGGGGGCGAGCAGCAGCAGAUCUACCUAUACAAUACCCGAACAAGUGAAGAAUGUAAACACAACUGGCAUCACCACUAGAUCUGUCUUUCUGAGUUGGGGUCCACCUGAGGGAAUCACAAGUUCUUAUCUGAUCCAAAUCCAGGAAAAUACAACAUUUAGUAAAAUUGUGACUUCAACCUCUGUUACAAUUGAAGACCUGACCCCCGGGAAUUAUUAUACUUUCCUGGUCUCUGCUCUUGCUGGUGAUCCUAAAGUACAGGGGAUGAGCCGUAGUCGAUCUACCUAUACAAUACCUGAACAUGUGACAAAUGUAAACAUAACUGGCAUCGCCACCCGAUCUGUCUCUCUGAGCUGGGGUCCCCCUGAGGGAAACACAAGUUCUUAUCUAAUCAAAAUCCAGGAAAAUGCAACAUUUAGUAAAACUGUGACUUCAACUUAUGUUUCAAUUGAAGACCUAACCCCUGGGAAUUAUUACACAUUCCUGGUCUCUGCUCUAGCUGGUGACUCUAAAGUACAGGGGGCGAGCAGCAGCAGAUCUACCUAUACAAUACCUGAACACGUGUCAAAUGUAAACAUAACUGGCAUCGCCACCCGAUCUGUCUCUCUGAGCUGGGGUCCCCCUGAGGGAAACACAAGUUCUUAUCUAAUCAAAAUCCAGGAAAAUGCAACAUUUAGUAAAACUGUGACUUCAACUUAUGUUUCAAUUGAAGACCUAACCCCUGGGAAUUAUUACACAUUCCUGGUCUCUGCUUUAGCUGGUGACUCUAAAGUACAGGGGGCGAGCAGCAGCAGAUCUACCUAUACAAUACCCGAACAAGUGAAGAAUGUAAACACAACUGGCAUCACCACUAGAUCUGUCUUUCUGAGUUGGGGUCCACCUGAGGGAAUCACAAGUUCUUAUCUGAUCCAAAUCCAGGAAAAUACAACAUUUAGUAAAAUUGUGACUUCAACCUCUGUUACAAUUGAAGACCUGACCCCCGGGAAUUAUUAUACUUUCCUGGUCUCUGCUCUUGCUGGUGAUCCUAAAGUACAGGGGAUGAGCCGUAGUCGAUCUACCUAUACAAUACCUGAACAUGUGACAAAUGUAAACAUAACUGGCAUCGCCACCCGAUCUGUCUUUCUGAGCUGGGGUCCCCCUGAGGGAAACACAAGUUCUUAUCUAAUCAAAAUCCAGGAAAAUGCAACAUUUAGUAAAACUGUGACUUCAACUUAUGUUUCAAUUGAAGACCUAACCCCUGGGAAUUAUUACACAUUCCUGGUCUCUGCUCUAGCUGGUGACUCUAAAGUACAGGGGGCGAGCAGCAGCAUUUCUACCUAUACAAUACCCGAACAAGUGACGAAUGUAAACACAACUGGCAUCACCACCAGAUCUGUCUUUCUGAGUUGGGGUCCACCUGAGGGAAACACAAGUUCUUAUCUGAUCCAAAUCCAGGAAAAUACAACAUUUAGUAAAAUUGUGACUUUGCCCUCUGUUACAUUUGAAGACCUGACCCCCGGCAAUUAUUAUACUUUCCUGGUCUCUGCUCUUGCUGGUGAUCAUAAAGUACAGGGGAUGAGCCGUAGUCGAUCUAUCUAUACAAUACCUGAACACGUGUCAAAUGUAAACAUAACUGGCAUCGCCCCCCGAUCUGUCUCUCUGAGCUGGGGUCCCCCUGAGGGAAACACAAGUUCUUAUCUAAUCAAAAUCCAGGAAAAUGCAACAUUUAGUAAAACUGUGACUUCAACUUAUGUUUCAAUUGAAGACCUAACCCCUGGGAAUUAUUACACAUUCCUGGUCUCUGCUCUAGCUGGUGACUCUAAAGUACAGGGGGCGAGCAGCAACAGAUCUACCUAUACAAUACCCGAACAAGUGACGAAUGUAAACACAACUGGCAUCACCACUAGAUCCGUCAUUCUGAGUUGGGGUCCACCUGAGGGAAACACAAGUUCUUAUCUGAUCCAGAUCCAGGAAAAUACAACAUUUAGUAAAAUUGUGACUUCAACCUCUGUUACAAUUGAAGACCUGACCCCCGGGAAUUAUUAUACUUUCCUGGUCUCUGCUCUUGCUGGUGAUCCUAAAGUACAGGGGAUGAGCCGUAGUCGAUCUACCUAUACAAUCCCUGAACAAGUGAAGAAUCGAAACAUAACCAGCAUCUCUACCAGAUCUGUCUCUCUGAGCUGGGAUCCACCAGAGGGAAAUGCAAGUUCUUAUCUGAUUCAAAUCCAAGAAAAUGCAACCUUUACUAAAUAUGUGACUUCAGCUUCUGUUACAAUUGAAGACCUGGUCCCUGGGAAAUAUUACACAUUCCUGGUCUCUGCUCUUACUGGUGACUCUAAAGUACAGGGGAGGAACAUCAGCCAAUCUGCCUAUACAAUACCUGAACAAGUAAAGAAUACAAAUAUAACCGGCAUCACCACCAGAUCUGUCUCUCUGAGCUGGGAGCCACAUGAGGGAAACACAAGUUCUUAUUUGAUCCAAAUUCAGGAAAAUGCAACAUUUAGUAAAACUGUGACAUUAACUUCUAUUACAAUUGAAGACCUGGUCCCUGGGAAUUAUUACACAUUCCUGGUCUCUGCUCUAGCUGGUGACUCUAAAGUAAAGGGGGUGAGCAGCAGCAGAUCUACCUAUACAAGGCCUGAAGCAGUAAAUAACUUAAAUAUAACCGGCAUCACCACCAGAUCUGUCUCUCUGAGCUGGGAGCCACCUGAGGGAAACACAGGUUCUUAUUUGAUCCAAAUUCAGGAAAAUGCAACAUUUAGUAAAACUGUGACAUCAACUUCUCUAACAAUUGAGGACCUGACCCCCGGGAAUUAUUACACAUUCCUGGUCUCUGCUGUAGCUGGUGACUCUAAAGUACAGGGGAGGAACAGCAGCCGAUCUACCUAUACAAAGCCGGAAGCUGUUAUGGGUCUCACUGUUAAUGCUGUCACCUUGACCUUUGUAACCUUGAGCUGGACAGUCCCUCAAGGCAACAGAAGUUCCUAUCACAUUGAGGUCCUCGGCUAUCCUUCACUUACUAAGAAUUCAUCCACAGAAUCAGCCACUAUUGAGAAUCUGAAUCCUGGAACACAGUACACUAUCAUGGUAUCUGCAAUGUCAGGGGAAGACACCUUACAAGGAGAUAUCACCAAUAUAACUAUAACUACUAAUAGCAACAGCCUGUAUUUUUCUUUGAUGUAUACUAGUGAUGCGGAUAAUCAGCUGAUAAUAAUAGACACGAUCAACAAGGAACUCAGAAAACAAUUUCAAGGUCAAAAUGUGACAGCUGUGUUGAAGAAACGAAAGAUAAAUUGAAGAUUUUUUGUUAACUUAAGUUUAAAGUAUUCUAAGCUCUAACACUAAUUUAAAUACAACGUGCAACUCUAUUAUUUAUAUAAAUGUGUUUGUUAAAGUAUUAUGUCUGGUAGAGUAAUGAAUGUAUUCUGUAAUACUGUUUUCUUUCCUGUAAUAUAAUUUUUACUUAAAGGGACAGUCAACACCAGAAUUUUUGUUGUUUAAAAAGAAAGAUAAUCCCUUUAUUACCCAUUCCCCAGUUUUGCAUAACCAACACAGUUAUAAUAAUACAUGUUUUACCUCUGUAAUUAUCUUGUAUCUAAGCUUCUGCUGACUGCCCCCUUAUUUCAGUUCUUUUGAUAGACAUGCAGUUUAGCCAAUCAGUGCUCACUCCUAGGUCAUUUUACGUGCAUGAGCUCAAUGUUAUCUAUUUGAAACGUGAACUAAUGCCCUGUAGUGGUCAAAAUGUAUUCAGAUUAGAGGCAGUCUUCAAGGUCUAAGAAAUUAGCAUAUGAACCUCCUAGUUUUAGCUUUCAACUAAGAAUACCAAGAGAACAAAGCAAAAUUGGUGAUAGAAGUAAAUUGGGAAGUUGUUUAAAAUUGCAUGCCCUAUUUAAAACAUGAAAGUUUUUUUUUGGACUUGACUGUCCCUUUAACAUCUAUGAAAUUGAAUUAUCAUUGAAUUUACAUCAACAAACAAGGGAACUAAUGUAUUGUUUGUGUUUAUUAAGACUGGUUUUAAAAACAUGAAUUUCCAAGUACUGUACAGUAAAGACAUCUUUUGGAUAAUUUUUUUAGCACUUGCAAGUUUUAAAAUAAAGUUGAAUAAAAAAAAAAA